AUGGGCGCGCGCGCCCUGCGGGGCCUCCUGCUCCUGCUCCCGCUGCUGCCGCCGCGCGGGGCCUCUGCGGGGAGCCUGCUCAGCCCAGGCCUGUCCGAGUGCUUCCAGGUGAACGGAGCCGACUACCGCGGCCGCCAGAACCGCACGGGCCCGCGCGGCGCGGGCCGCCCCUGCCUCUUCUGGGACCAGACGCAGCAGCACAGCUACAGCAGCGCCUCGGACCCCCAGGGCCGCUGGGGGCUGGGCGCGCACAACUUCUGCCGGAACCCAGACGGCGACGUGCAGCCCUGGUGCUACGUGGCCGAGUCCGAGGAGGGCAUCUACUGGCGCUACUGCGACAUCCCCACGUGCCACAUGCCCGGGUAUCUGGGCUGCUUCGUGGACUCGGGGGCACCCCCGGCGCUCAGCGGCCCCAGCGGCACCUCCACCAAGCUCACGGUCCAGGUGUGCCUGCGCUUCUGCCGCAUGAAGGGCUAUCAGCUGGCGGGCGUGGAGGCCGGCUACGCCUGCUUCUGUGGCUCCGAGAGCGACCUGGCCCGGGGGCGCGCGGCCCCGGCCACCGACUGUGACCAGAUCUGCUUCGGCCACCCGGGCCAGCUGUGCGGCGGCGACGGGCGCCUGGGCGUCUACGAGGUGUCCGUGGGCUCCUGCCAGGGGAACUGGACCGCCCCGCAGGGCGUCAUCUACUCCCCGGACUUCCCGGAUGAGUACGGGCCGGACCGGAACUGCAGCUGGGCUCUGGGCCCGCCCGGCGCCGCGCUGGAGCUCACCUUCCGCCUCUUCGAGCUGGCCGACCCGCGCGACCGCCUGGAGCUGCGCGACGCCGCCUCGGGGGGCCUCCUCCGCGCCUUCGACGGCGCCCGCCCGCCGCCGCCCGGGCCGCUGCGCCUGCGCCCCGCCGCGCUGCUGCUCACCUUCCGCAGCGACGCGCGCGGCCACGCGCAGGGCUUCGCGCUCACCUACCGCGGGCUGCAGGACGCCGCCGAAGACAGGGCGCCGCCCAGGGGCUCGGCCCGCACCCCGGACGCGCCCCCCGACGGGGCCAACGCGAGCUGCAGUCCCCGGCCGGGGGCUCCCGAGGCUGCGAUGGGGGGUGAGGCGGGCGCGAGCGGGAGGCGGCUGCGGAGCGUCUCCUUGCCACCCGCUGUUCUCACUGCCCGUGUGCCCGCAGCUCGCGUCUUCUCGACGGUGACGGCCGUGUCGGUGCUGCUGCUGCUGCUGCUGUCGCUGCUGCGCCUGCUGCGCCGACGGAGCUGUCUGCUGGCUCCAAGAAAAGGGCCCCCGGCGUUGGGGCCUUCCCGGGGCCCUGGGAGAAGCUGGGCUGUGUGGUAUCGCCGGCCUCGAGGGGUGGCCCUGCCCUGCCCCCCCGGGGACCCCCAGGCUGAGGGUCUAGCCACAAGUUACCGGCCCCUGAGCGCCUCCAGCCAGAGCUCCCUGCGCUCCCUCAUCUCUGCUCUCUGAUUCGGGAACCCCAGGGUUCACUGGACCCUCCACCGGCAGGACGGACACCUGAGAGCCAAGUCGCACUCACCCGUGGCCCUCCGCCCCACCGGGCAGCUCGGCCUCUGGCCGCCUCUCGGAGGCCAGACCGCGGCAGGUGCAUCUGGAGCUGUCACGGGAACUUGAUCUGCCCCUCAGAGCCCCAAGGCCAAGGCCGAAGGGCAAGAGGACGCUGGCUCCCCUCCCAGACCUUGACGUGGUGUCUUCGACUUCAGGGGCCUUUGAAGCCCGCUCGGGCGGGUCUGGGCCGCU